GUUUCUCCCCCAGAGCAAUUGAAGGGUUACAUUUUAUGGUUAAGGGCAACACAAGACUUUUCACUCAUUGAAGAAGCAAGGAAGGCAUAAUCUUGUAAAUCAGACUUGAGCCUUGGUUUGCAGUAUGGAUUCAAUUUCGUCUGUCAUUGGAACCUAUGUGAACUGGGAUGUCCAAAGUUUCCUUCUCUUCACUGCCAUUUUUAUCCUCACUGCAGAUUAUAUUAAGAACCGCCGGCCGGCCAGCUUCCCUCCAGGACCUUGGGCUCUACCUAUCAUUGGCAACAUUUUCUCAGUGGACCACAACAGGACCCAUGAGAGUAUGACCCAGCUAGCAGGGAAAUAUGGAGAAGUGUACAGCCUGCGGAUGGGGCAGGAGUGGUUGGUUGUCUUGAAUGGGUUUGAGGCUCUGAAAGAAGUUCUUGUAAAUCAAGGAGACAGUGUGGCUGACCGGCCACCCCUCCCUCUGCAUAUGGAUAUGAGCAAAGGACUAGGUGUCAUUUUAAGUAGUGGGCACUUGUGGAAGCAGCAGAGGCGUUUCGCACUUUCAACCCUCAGAAAUUUUGGAAUUGGCAAGAAGUCCCUUGAACCUGUUGUUUUGGAUGAAUUAAACUAUUGUUUAAAAGAAUUAAAUGGGUAUAAAGGUAAGCCCUUCAAUCCACACCUCAUCCUCAGCAACGCUAUCUCCAACAUCAUCUGCUCCCUGGUUUUCGGGCAUCGCUUUGAGUACACUGAUGAGAAGUUCAGGAAACUGAUUAUGUACUUUGAAGAAGUACUUCGAUGUCAAGUAACAAUUUGGGCACAGUUUUACAACUCAUUCCCUCGGCUGAUGAGACGUUUGCCAGGACCUCAUCAGACAUUUCUGCUCAUUUGCAACGAUAUCAAGGUUUUCAUAAGAGAAGAGCUUAAGAAGCACAAACAAAACUGGGAUUCCUCGGAUCAAAGAGACUUCAUCGACUGCUACCUGAAUGAGAUACAGACGAAUAUGGGAAGAGCUGACAACACUUUUGAUGAGGAAAACCUGAUUGAGUGCGUCUUGGAUCUUUUCGUGGCCGGCUCUGAGACCACAUCCACAACCCUGCGCUGGGCUUUCCUCUACAUGGCCACGUACCCAGAGAUCCAGGCAAAAGUCCAGGCUGAGAUAGACAGAGUGAUUGGACAGUCCAGACAGCCAUCAAUGGAAGAUCGUGUAAGCAUGCCCUUUACAGAUGCUGUCCUCCACGAAAUCCAGAGAAUGAGCAACAUAGUUCCUCUCAGUGUGCCUCAUAUGACCAACAAAGAUAUCCAGCUGGGAGGCUACACAAUCCCGAAGGGAGUUACAGUCAUUCCCAAUUUGACCUCGGUGCUUUUUGACCAGACUAAGUGGAAGACGCCUUUUACCUUCAACCCAGGACACUUUCUGAACGAGGAGGGCAAGUUUGUGAAACAAGCUGCUUUCAUCCCUUUCUCUGCAGGUAAGCGGCUGUGUCUUGGUGAGAACCUGGCAAAGAUGGAACUUUUCCUUUCCUUCACCUCUUUUAUGCAGCACUUCACCUUCUCAAUGCCUGCUGGGGUAAAGCCUGUGUUGGACUUUGUCUUUGGGGUCACUCUGGCACCAUGCCAGUAUGAAAUCUGUGCAACCUCACGCUUAGAAAAGCUUUUUUUCAUCCUCACAACAGAUUUUAUCAAAAACCGCCAGCCGGCCACCUUUCCUCCAGGACCAUGGGCUUUUCCGAUCGUGGGCAACAUGUUCUCUGUAGACCACAACAGAACACAUCAGAGUAUGAUGCAGUUAGCAGGGAAAUAUGGAGAUGUAUACAGCUUGCGUAUGGGCAAGGUGCCGAUUGUGGUCUUAAAUGGAUUUAAGGUUUUUAAGGAAGCUCUUGUAAAUCACGGACACAGCCUGGUGGACCGCCCAGUGAUGCCUUUGACGAAUGAACUAAACUAUGGACUGGGUAUUAUAUCCAGCAAUGGGAACUUAUGGAAGCAGCAGCGGCGUUUUGCACUUUCAACCCUCAGAAAUUUUGGACUUGGUAAAAGGGCGCUAGAACCUGUCAUCUUGGAGGAAUUUACCUAUUGUUCAAAAGACCUUCAUAGCUAUAAAGGUGUGCCAUUUAAUCCGCGCCCCAUCAUCAACAACGCUGUCUCAAACAUCAUCUGCUCCCUGGUUUUCGGACAUCGCUUUGAGUACACUGAUGAGAACUUCAGGAAACUGAUUAGCUUCUUUGAAAAAUCUCUUCAGAUACAAAUGUCACUCUGGGCAUGGUUUUACAACUCAUUCCCUCUGCUGAUGAGAUAUUUGCCAGGACCACACAUCACAUUACGGCACAUCUUCAAUGACAUAAAGGACUUCAUAAGAGAAGAACUUAAACAGCACAAACAAAACUGGGACCCCUCAGACCAAAGAGACUACAUCGACUGCUACUUGAAUGAGAUACAGAUGAGUGAGGCCCAGACUGACAACACUUUUGAAGAGGAAAAUCUUGUCAUGUGUGUCUUGGAUCUGUUUGUUGCUGGCUCUGAAACCACUACCAGCACCCUACUCUGGGCUUUUCUCUACAUGGCAAAGUGUCCUGAGAUCCAGGCAAAGGUCCAGUCUGAGAUACAUGAAGUAGUUGGAAAGUCCAGAGAACCAUCAACAGCAGAUCGUGUAAACCUGCCUUAUACUGAUGCUGUCCUCCACGAGAUCAUGAGAAUGAGCAACGUAGUACCUCUAAGCCUGCCUCAUAUCACAAACCAUGAUAUACAGUUGGAAGGAUACACAAUUCCAAAGGGAAUCACAGUCAUUCCCAAUCUGACUUCGGUGCUAUACGACAAGAAUGAGUGGGAGACCCCCUUUACCUUCAACCCAAGACACUUUCUGAAUGAGGAGGGGAAGUUUGUGAAGCCAGCUGCUUUCAUUCCUUUCUCUGCAGGUAAGCGGCUGUGUCCAGGGGAAGGCCUGGCCAGGAUGGAACUUUUCCUCUUCUUUACCUCCUUCAUGCAGCACUUCACCUUCUCUAUGCCUGCUGGGGUCAAACCUGCAAUGGACUCACAGUUUGGCAUAGUUCUGUCACCCCAUCAGUAUGAAAUCUGUGCAACCUCAAGUUAAGAGAAGCACUAAUUGACAAAAAAAGUCCAAAAAGUAAUUGGCAUAAUGUUUUUUUUUUUUGUCCUUAAGAUUGCGUGACUGCUUUAUGGUACAGAAUAUUUCUAUUUAAUUCUUUGCUUUCAUUAUUAAUUCCACGGCAUGAUGUUUAGUAAUGAUAUCUCUUAAGGCUUUAAAAGUAUCCCUAUUAGCAAACAAUCAUUGAAACUAA